CCCGGCAUCUCAAAGCUCUCUGGGUCCUUUAUUAGUCAAUGGGGAAGGUCCCAGUGUCUCCGCUGCUGUCAGUAUCAAUAUCUGAUGAUUUCAGGGAUGUUGGGCCAAAAAGUGAGAAAAUUCAGAAAUUUGUGGUUAAGUUGGAAAACUUUGGACUUUUCGGGCAAAGAUCCAAAGUUUCCCCAAACCUAUUUUUUUGAAUGAUAAAUAAGGUCCAUUUGGGAAUUCAGAGUUGCUUGGAUUUUUCUGCUGAGAUAAAUUCGGCUUGAUAAAUAACCCCCUAAAAAUGAUGAUGUGUGAAAACAUCUGUACAUAAAUCAAAUAGUUUGCUUUUACAUUUUGUUUUAUUCUUUUUCAUUUUCUUCGUUAAUCCUGACAUAGCAAUACAUUCGCCAUUACCAGCAAGAACUGGGCAAUCUGGAUCCCAUAUAGUUACAUAUUAACUGUUCUUUUAUUAUGAAAUUAAACUUCAGCACAUCUUGGGAGUCUCCAUUAAUUAACUAAAUAUUUCAAAACCAUUUCAGAAUUGGCACCAGAUAAUUCAGCUGAAAGGUCACGAGGCCGGGCUGUAUAAAAAGCAACAACUCAAACUAAAUCUUUAAUCAUUGUUUUUGGAUACAACAUAAAACGCUUUUGCAAAGUGGUAUUUGGAGGAGAAUCCAGCACACAGUACUGGUGAAAUCACAUGUUUUUCUAAUCAUGUUCAGCUUUGAGCCAUCCACUCUACUCGCAACAACUGUCCUCUUCCUACUUCUGAUUUGCCUUCUUGUAUAUAAUGGGAAGGGAACCCCAUCAAACGUACCCCCUGGACCAAAACCAUUACCACUCAUUGGAAAUCUACAUAUAAUAAACAUGAAGAAACCUCAUAAGACAUACAUGGAGCUCUAUAAGAAGUAUGGCUCAGUAUUCAGCUUUCAUCUCGGUACAGAGAAGGUUGUUGUUCUUUGCGGGUAUGACACGGUGAAAGACGCGCUGGUUAACCAUGCCGAGGAGUUUGCGGAGAGAGCUGACAUAACUAUUUCUAGGAAAAGAUCAAAGGGAUAUGGAAUUAUUUUUUCUCAUGGGGAAAACUGGAAAGUGAUGAGAAGAUUUACUCUUGCAACAUUAAGAGACCUUGGCAUGGGGAAGAAAACGAUAGAAGACAAAAUUAACGAAGAAACUAGCUCUUUAGUAGAAACAUUCAAAUCCUACAAAGGAGAGCCAUUUGAGAACACCUUGAUAAUGAAUGGUGCAGUGGCCAACAUCAUUGUGUCUAUACUGCUUGGUCAUCGCUUUGAUUAUCAGGACCCAACACUUUUAAAGCUUAUUCGCUUAGUAAAUCAAAAUGUCAGGCUGUUAGGAAGCCCUUCAGUUAUGAUGUACAAUGCAUUUCCAUCUGUGAUGAGCUGGUUACCUGGAAAUCACCAAACAAUUCUGGGCAACUCGGAGACAUUACAAAAUUUUAUCAAGGAUACUUUUACUGAACACAAGGCUCAGCUGGACGUAAAUGACCAAAGGGAUCUUAUUGAUAUCUUCCUUGUCAAGCAAAAAGAGGAAAAGCCCAAUCCUGGAUUGUUUUUUCACAAUCAGAAUCUAACAUCACUGGUAGACAAUUUAUUUGUUGCUGGCAUGGAGACGACCUCAACCACUCUUCGAUGGAGCCUCCUGAUAAUGAUGAAAUAUCCGGAAAUUCAAAAAAAGGUACAAGAUGAAAUCAACAAAGUGAUUGGAUCAGCUCAGCCUCAAACAGAGCACAGAAAACAAAUGCCCUAUACUGAUGCCGUUAUCCAUGAGAUUCAGAGAUUUGCAGAUAUUGUGCCUACUAAUCUUUCCCAUGCAACAACUAAGGAUGUCACUUUUAGAGGAUAUUUUAUUCCAAAGGGAACCCAAGUGAUCCCAUUGCUGACUUCAGUUCUACGAGAUAAGGUUUACUUUGAAAAACCAGAUGAAUUUUACCCUCAACAUUUCCUUGACUCAGAGGGAAACUUUGUGAAGAAUGAGGCGUUCCUACCCUUCUCAGCAGGUAAAAGAAGUUGUGCCGGAGAGAAUUUGGCUAAGAUGGAACUCUUCCUGUUCUUCACAAAACUUCUGCAGAACUUCACUUUCCAAUCACCUCCAGGACAGGACCUUCAAUUAACCUCUGCAGAAGGGUUCACUUCCAUUCCUAUGGUUCACAAGAUCUGUGCGUUGUCUCGUGCCUAGAACUAAAAUUAUUAAAAUGUUAUUUUUGUACAAUAAUGAGAAUAAACUGAAAAGGUUUUACUUCA